AUGGACACGAGCCCAACAAGCACUUCGCCCGGCUAUGGGCUUUCGAAUCUGGGCGCGACAUCCCAGGCCCAGCUGAAUAAGGCCUCCGCGCCAGUAUCUACCCCACAGUCGACUGCGUCUCGGUCCUCGACGACAAAGGCCGGAGCUCGUCAAAUUACCCGAAAUCGCGCCAGCUACAGCUGCCAUACUUGUCGGAGGCGCAAAGUGAAAUGCGACAAGGUGCACCCUGUGUGCGGAAAUUGCGUGAAGAACGGAACCGAGUGUAUCUACGAUGCUGCGCCGCAGAAAGACACCGGGUCGCGCCAUGGUCAAACAGCAGGUGGACACGGUAUUAAGCGACGGAGGGAAUCUUCGCGACCGCUGGAUGAGGAUCUCGACGAUAUUGGUUCGCUUUACGGGCAUCUGAGGCAGGCUGGGUCUCCCGAGCAGAAGUACGGGUCGCAGGCGAUCGAAGCGCGGUUGGAUAAACUCACGUCAAUGAUUGAGCGGCUCAGCAAAUCUAACGGACCUUUGGAUGCGGAACAACGGCUGUUACUGGCUCAAAAUGUCAAUCUUGAAGCUGGGAAGGGUGAAGCUCGACCGGGGAAUGGCGCGCCCGUGAAGACUGCGGGCGCGUCUCGUCCAGAUAGCCCCCGCCGCACGGAUUCGAGUGAUGAGUUUCCAAUUCCCGCUGGCCUUGCUACUGACUUGGUGGAUCCGGUGGGUAGCUUGAACCUGGGUCAUCUGAGCUUGGAGGAUGGGGGUCGGUCGAGAUAUGUUGGGACAACCUACUGGGCUUAUAUAUCCCAUGAGAUCAAUGAGCUCAAUCAGUUACUCAAGUACCAGAGUCGCUCACAUCAGGACACUACGGCUAACGAAAGCUCUGCUGAUGAAAACAUGACGGAUACGAUGGCGAAAACAACUGGCAGCCCGUGGAAGGCAUCAAUUGAUAGCCCUGGUGGAGUCUCUCGGGAUCGAGUGUCUGGUGUUGAAGAAUUCCAGAAGUCGGUGCUUUUCCCUACGGGUGAUUCCCCAUCGGUGAAAGAGAAGCAUGUCGAACCAGAAAUGCUUGAUCAUGUGCCGACGAAACGACAGAGUCAUAUUCUGUACAAAGGAUUUAUGUCUGGAAUACAUGCGAUCAGUCCAGUGAUUCACCCCCCAACAAUCUUAAAGCUAUACAACUCCUUCUGGGACUGGUACGAUUACAGCAGCUAUUCUGGAGAUCCUUGCCCGGACCCUUCGUUUAUUCCUCUACUUUACGCUAUUUGGUACGGUGGAUCGGUUACAAUAUCGAUCCGGACCAUUAAGGCUGAAUUCAAUGUCUCUUCGCGAUCCGCACUUUCUAAAACUUACAACGAGGAGGUCACGCGGUGGUUGACGAAGAUAUCGUUUCCACGCAGCCCUUCAUUACAGGGUUUGGCUGCGUAUCUCCUGGUGCAGACGAUACUUUCAAAGGAAGAAGAGCCGUUAACCAGCAGUUUGUUCAUUAGUUUGGCCAUGAGAGUAGCACAGACGAUGGGCCUGCAUCGAGAUCCUGCUAAAUUUGGGAUUAAACCCUAUGAAGCCGAGUAUCGGCGGCGAAUAUGGUGGCAUAUCGUACAUAUGGAUGGCGUUGUUGCUAUGUCUAGCGGGCUGCCUCCCUUGGUCAGUGAUGAGAACUUCUGGGAUGUCCGUGAUGCCAGCGAAGUCAAAGACACACUUCUAGGGACACCCGAGGCUGAAAAAUACGAGGAACUGGUGGCAUCUGGCAUGCGGUCUCCUGACAACCCGGAUGAUCCGACCUUAUGCGGUGGACCAUCCAUGGUCAACGUGUACUAUUUAUCAGCCAGAGGCAAAUAUGUCAUGGCCCGCGCCGUCCGUCGGAUAUUGAAGAUUCAACUGGGCACGAAACCCGUGACGCGCCGGGAUAUGGAGGAGCUCCGAUCAAUCCUCCUCGACCUGCAACUCAAACUCAAUUCUAUAAUCGAUCGAAUCCCAGAAAUUGCAAACUACCAGCUGUCUUCCAGCGCUAAUAACAGAUCGCUUUCGUUUUCAGUCUCUCCGGUAGAGAUGAGAACCAGCGACCUGGAACUUCCUGGAGAAGGACCCGGUCGUUGUACGGAACAAUAUCACUCUCCUGUUCUCGUGUCCUUUCAUAAAUGGGCCCGGAUCCUGCUCUCACUCUUCAUUGAUAAGGCAUUCUGUGUCGCCUACCAACCGUUCCUCAAGAACGCUAAGAGCCGUAUUUGGCCAGCGGCAAGACACAGGUAUGAUCAAAUGACGCUCUUCGGAAACAGCGCUCCCGAAGCACCCAAGUCGAGGGCAUUUAUCGACAAGAUCUUUUCACUCACGGGACCGGAUGGCGGUGUUGUCGGCGGCGAGGACGGCAUCUCAGCCCAACGGCCACUGAAAGAUGGCGGCCGCGAGGCAUGGGAUAUGAUUCGCAGACUACGUCAGAAAGCAUGGCAGAAAGCCGGUCUGGAUCCACAUAAGCUAUGGACCGAGCAAGCACAGAUUCAAGCCGGUGCAGCGUCCGGCCCGGACGAAUAUCCCUGCGCCUCCAAUCCGUAUUAUGCCAACAGCGGCUCUACCGCGCCGACGCCCUCGAUUUCCACCAUGACGUCGCGACAACAACUCGCCGACUUCUCGAAGAUGUUCUACAACAUGACACGCUCGCACAUGCUCCCCAACCCGGUCUCCACCAUCCGACCCAGUCCCCUUCGAUACCAGUUACCCCAAACCUCCGUCCCAGACACUCCCCCAAAUCUACCGACUCCCCAGAUGCCCCAAUCCCCCGCAGCCAAGGCCAAUGCGCCGGUCGAAACUCCUCCCCCUGCUUCCACCAUCUCCUCUCCUGACCGCAUCAUCCCCCCACUGAGUACCGCCAUCCCUUUUACCUCCACUCCACCCCCGCCCUUGUCCUUCAUGGACCUGGCUUCGCCUAGCGCACAGUCCCUGGCCGCCGGCCCAACGCCUCCCUCCCUGAUGGACCCGAACCUGAACUUCGACUGGGACCAAUGGGACGCGGUCUUCGGCCAGCACCUCCCCGUCGCCGACGAGCUCAUGGAACUAGAUCCCGUGGCUGGAUUCGAGUUUGGGGAUCUUGGCGGGGGCAGGGUGGGUGGCGGUAGUCGGACUGCUAGUCUGGGGGGCAGUGAAACGGGGUUGGGCAGUAUCCCUGGCCCCGAUUGGGUUGGAUACUGUUGA